AUGCACAAAUCCGUGAGCAAAUGGAAAAAUUUGUCGGAUGAAGUACGAACUCUGUAUCGAUGUCAACGAUCUAGUGAAUACGAAAUAGCAGAUCUGUUAGUAGCGUACCGUCAACACUCCCCUGUCGUUAUCAACACUUUUUUUUCAACUUCGAGAAAAAAACAAACCGCUCUGUGGUUUCUUGAUCGAACCAGACCGAAAGACAUGAAUUAUGUUCAAAUCGUGUUCACGAUAACUGCAUCCAAACAGAAGGCAUCGCCAGACUCUCCAUUUGCUGAUAUCUCGAAGAUAAGUCAGUUUUCUGGAGAAGACGAAAUCUUAUUCGUACCGGGCCAAAUGUUUUACAUUGAUAAAAUUGAUAUGCGUCUCGAAGAAGAGAUCAAAGUAUAUUCAAUCGAGAUGAGUUUGCAGGACAAGUGUCAGGAACGAAUUGAGCCACUUCAUCGAACAUUUCAAAUUAUGCUGGAGAAACACGCGAACGAUCCUUUACUUUGCUUUGCUGCAUUUCUCGUUACAAGCGGCAAAGUUUCUCCGGAAGAUGGACGAUAG